AUGGAUCCUCCCCCUCCUUGGGAAUUCCUGGGAUGGAGACCCCCAGGAUUGAAUCCCCCUCACCUGACAAGCCCGGGAUGAAGGCAUGCGACCCCCCCCGGAAUGCCCAGGAUUGGGACCCCCGGGAAGAGACACCCACUCCCUCUCCCCUGGGAAUCCCCCCUGGAUGGGCAUUUCCCGGGAUGGGCCCCCCUUCCACGGCCUCCCCUGGUUGGGACCCCCGACCCUUCUUUGGGGGGUCCCCUGGGACGGUCCCGGCCACGGCGGCACGUGCGCGGUGUCCCCCCCCUCACCGGUCCGUGACGUCACGGGCGGGGCCGGACCGGGAGAUCCCGGACCAGGUUCUGUGCAGAUCCCGUGCCUUUCCCGUGUGGCUCCCGUGUCUCAGCCAUGGAGCAGACCCGGCCCUGGGCCCCCCUGAGCCCCGCGGACUUUGCGCAGCUGCAGAAGUACCUGGACUACAGCAGCCAGAGGGUGCAGGAUGUGCUGCAGGAUUUCGGCGGUGGGGAGGCCCUGGCUCAGCCCCACCAGGGCAAGAGCCUCGACCUCGAGGGGUUCUCGCGGUUCCUGCGGAGGUACCUGGAGAGCGACGAUGUCCCGGAGCAGCUUUGCCAGCGGCUCUUCGCCUCCUUCCAGAGUCAGGACGGUGAGGGGGCUCGUGGGGGCGGGGCAGGGGGUCCUGGACGGGCUUUUGGGAUCCCUGGGGGGCUCACGGGGUCCGUCCUCACAGGCAGCGACUGCGUCUCCCUGAGCGACGUCUCCUGCUACUUCUCCCUUCUGGAGGGGGGGCGCCCCCAGGACAAGCUGGAAUUCUCCUUCAAGCUGUAUGACAAGGACGGGAACGGGGUUCUGGACAGCUCGGAGGUGGAUCGGAUCAUCACCCAGAUGAUGAGGGUGGCCCAGUACCUGGACUGGGAUGUGACAGAGCUGAAGCCGAUCCUGCAGGAGAUGAUGCGGGAGAUCGACUACGACGGCAGCGGGACGGUGUCUCUGGGCGAGUGGCUGCGUGGUGGGGCCACCAACAUCCCGCUGCUGGUGCUGCUGGGGCUCGAGGGGGACAUGAAGGACGACGGGCAGCACCUCUGGCGCCUGAAGCAGUUCUCGCGUCCCGCCUUCUGCAACGUGUGCGAGGGGCUGCUGGUGGGGCUGCGGAAACAGGGGCUGCGCUGCUGCCUGUGCCGGUUCACGGUGCACGAGCGCUGCGCCCGCCACGCCCCCCACAACUGCAUCAGCACCUACGCCAAGAACCGCAGGGAGGCCGAGGUCCAGGCCCACGUGUGGGUGAAGGGCGGCUGUGACGGUGCCAAGUGUGGCGGGUGCCAGAGGAAGAUCCGGAGCUUUCAGAGCCUGACGGGGCUGCACUGCGUGUGGUGCCACCGCAAGAUCCACGAGGAGUGCCAGCCUCUCAUGCCCCCAGCCUGCGACUGUGGGGCCCUGCGGGACCACAUCCUGCCUCCCGCUGCCAUCUACCCCGUCCUGCUGGAGAGGCAGGACAGCCAGAGGGACAACGGUGGGACCCCGGUGGAGGAGACCCCCCAAGUGUUCACCACCCCUGAGGGGCAGGCGCUGCGGGUCAGCCCCCCCCCCGAGACCCACCCGCUCCUUGUCUUCGUCAAUCCGAAGAGCGGAGGGAAACAGGGGGAGAGGGUGCUCCGGAAGUUCCAGUACCUGCUCAACCCCCGGCAGGUUUACAACCUGCAGCAGGGAGGCCCCAUGCCUGGGCUCGAUUUCUUUCGGGAUGUGCCGGAUUUUCGCGUCCUGGUGUGCGGCGGGGACGGCACCGUGGGCUGGAUCCUGGACGCCAUUGACAAAGCCAACCUGCCCCACCGUCCGCCCGUGGCUGUGCUGCCCCUGGGCACUGGGAACGACCUGGCCCGCUGCCUGCGCUGGGGGGGAGGGUAUGCGGGGGAGGACCUGGGCAGGAUCCUGCGGGAGCUGGAGGGCGGCACCGUGGUGCAGAUGGACCGGUGGAGGCUGGAGGUGCUGCCCCAGGACCCGGCGGCCGAGGGGGACCCGGUGCCCCAGGGGAUCAUCAACAACUACUUCUCCGUCGGGGUGGAUGCCUCCAUCGCCCACCGGUUCCACGUCAUGCGGGAGAAGCACCCGGAGAAAUUCAACAGCAGGAUGAAGAACAAGCUCUGGUACCUGGAAUUUGCCACCUCUGAGACCCUUUUCUCCACCUGCAAGAGGCUCAAGGAGCACCUGAGUGUGGAGGUUGGCGGGACCCCCCUGGAGCUGGGGGGAGCCCUGGAGGGGCUGGCAGUGCUCAACAUCCCCAGCACCCACGGGGGGUCCAACCUGUGGGGCGAGACCCGGCGGGCACUGGGGCCCAGCACGGCGCAGCCCCCCAACAUCACCGACAGCGAGACCCUCCGGAGCUGCGUGCAGGACCUGGGUGACAGGCGGCUGGAGGUGGUGGGGCUGGAGGGGGUUCUGGAGAUGGGGCAGAUCUACACCGGGCUGAAGAGCGCGGGGACACGACUGGCGACCUGCUCCGAGCUCACCCUGAGGACACUGAAGGCCCUGCCCAUGCAGGUUGAUGGGGAGCCCUGGAUGCAGCCGCCCUGCACAAUCAGGAUCACCCACAAGAACCAGGUGCCGAUGCUCAUGGCUGCCCCGCCCCGUUCCUGUGGCUUCUUCGGCACCAAGAGGGGUUCCCUCGAGGCCUGAGGGGGCUGGGGGGGCCGGGGGGGCGCCCCCAAGCUGUGCCUGGGCAGGCAAUACAGGCCAACCCUCCCUACAUCCCCCGUCCCCAGCAGGAGCAAGGGGGGCUGUGCCCCUCCCUAUACCCAGGGGUGCUCAGAGCCUGGGGGUGCUGGGGGGUACGGGGGGGCUGCAUGGAGCCCCCCAGGGUACAGCGCAGUGGCCAGAGCCCCCCACCCUGUCUGGCCCCCUCGCUAUUUAUUCCCACCCCAAUUUCAAGUGCCUCUCGCAGUAAUAAAGCUGGUGUUGUAAUAAACACUGGGGCUGGUUGUGUCCCCCGGCCCCCCAGGCCCCCCCAGACACAUGACCAGGUGGAGGCACCGGCGCAGCUGAGCCUUUAAUCUU